AAGUCGUGCUUCUCCCUUUUCUCGACCAAGACUCUCCCAAGACUCUCUGUCUCCUCUUAAUCCCUCCCUUUCCUGGGAUCUGUUGAAACUUCUACUCCCUACCUCGCUCCCUUUUCUUUUUCGUUGGUUCCGCCUGUCCUUCUUCACUGGAGAAUCAGUGUCUUUUUCUGGCUACUUGUCGACUAUGCUGGCUGGGGCAGCUCUAUUGUCAACCUCCUCCCCCUUGUAUCCUCAACUGCGACAGUCUCGAUAGAGAUGCAGACCUACGGAUCGUAUUUUCUUCUAAAAAUGGCUACACCGCUGGACAAUCGCCCUCGCCCCAGCCUCAAGCCUCUCUGGACUCCCUACUACGACCUCCGAGGUUCACCACGCUCACCUCUCAGGUCGGCCCGAGCCUACGCUUUUACUCCCUCGCCCUGCUCACCUAAGACUCUCCCUACUCCUGCCUACCCUCCGGCCGCCCAUGAUAGUAUCAUGAGGCAGCAUGAACGGACCAUGGUUAACCGUCUGGACUCUAUGAUCCGCCACGCGAAAAAGGAUCCCGACGUCUUACCCGCGGGCUCCACUCCCGCGUCACGGCCUCUCUCGCCCAUCCCGGUAUCCUAUCCCGGUAGUGGUUGUCGACAGGCCCAGCCGCUUCCGGUGCCGCCUACGCCCGCCGACUCCUUUCCUCGCCGAUAGACCCUAGUCGCCGAGACGAGGCGUAUACUCCUUGCCGGCGUCGCUGUCCUCGAUGACCUUGACCGCCGACAAUCCGUCCCCAACUUCAGGCCGCCCGGCUAGUCGAGGAGGGCACGCGAAACGCUGUAUCUGGAGCAGCUGAGGGCAUAGGGUCACGUUUACCUCGGCGACGCCGCCACUGCCGACGUGUUUAUAACGGCCGUGGCCGCCCAACGACCGUCGGAAUCGAGCACCACUUCUUCCUCAUCCUCGUCCUCUUCUUCUUCCGCUUCCUCGUCCGCGUCCUCUCCUUCGGCUGAACCAACCAGCACCGACAAGACCAAGCCGAAGCACACUCUCGGCAACCGUCCAGGCCCCACCACCAUUCGCGCCCGUGUUAGACCCU